AACGUCAAAUGAAAAGAGCAGUAGUGGUUUCAAUGGGUUACUGUCAACUCAUGAUCUGCAAGGCGUUCUCUAAACAUAAAAAGUUGGCGGUGUCUGUUCUUCACACUCUACAAAACAAAGCACAUGGAUGUGUUUCUAUACAAGUUUGAUUGAUAGUAGAGAUUUUGAAACAACUUUUCCGAUUCUUCUCAUCUCUCAUCUUGAUGCCUUCUCAUCAUUGAACAUACUAUCAUCAUCGCGAUGUGACAUUCACCAAAUGUUUUUGAAUUCCUCACACGCUCUAUGAUUGAUCCAGGGUUAUGUGAUGUGAAUGUGGAGUCAGUGAAUUCGAACUACACCGAUAGUCAAGUAUCAGUGUGUUUACUGCUUAGAACUCAGCCUGCUUGGAUGGACAAGUGCAGUGUUUUCAGUAGACAUAACACUAAAUCUACACCCUGAAAGUAAAUGUUGGUUGACUGCGUCCGAAAUCGGCACUAACGCAUCCCGCAUCUGUGAUUUGAGACUAGUUAUAGGUCCAUCAUGGAUGCAACUAUCCCGCUCAUUUGCAGCUUUCAUAUUCUAGUUUUUCUGAUCGGCGUACCGGGAAAUCUUCUUAUCCUGCAAGUUUUUGUCAAGAAAACCCGAAAGACUAGUACCAAUGUUUUCAUAAUGGCAUUGGCGUCCGUAGACCUUAUGGCAUGUCUUUUGAGACCAGUGUUUGUGGGAAACAACAUGGUACUUGUUGUAACGGGAGAGUAUCCCUCAAUAUGGAGUGAAAUCAUUUAUUACGUUUUAACUUAUACCACUAUUUAUAGCUCGACAAUUUUAACUGCAGCAAUUGCAUUCGACCGCUACGAUGCCGUAUGUAGACCACAUACUCGACUCCUAACAUACUUUGGGGCACAAGUUGUUGCGGUGUGUUGCUGCGUUGUAUCUUUACCAAUGACUGUACCAACUGUCUUGAUGUAUUUUAGGCCAACAUUAGCAGUUCGUCUGUCGAGACAUUGUCUUUCUUUAUCAACAUACAUCAUCUCUCUUCUACUUGUAAUCAUCUUUUACAUCUGUGUCUAUAAAGCUGUUUUGUAUCGCACCAAAGUACGGACCAAGUGGGGACGCUUUACCGGUGUUACGGCAGCCGUGGAGAACUCGGUGUCCGUAGCCGGACAAACAGAAGUUUCAACUUUAGCAGCAGCUACAAGAGACAUAAGUAAACUGAGUCCAGUUACUGAACAAUGCGCACUUCAGGAUGUGAACCAUGGACAGAGUGAUACGCAGUUUGAUUCCAAACCAAACCAGACAUCAUCUCCAACUGAUUUGGAAAUCGUGAGUUUGAAAGACAAUAAACAGUCGGUAGUUUACCGAAACCUUGGUACAAAUGAAGGACCCUCGAAUGCCCAAAACCCCCCAAGUUAUUCCUCCCUAUCUCCUGAGAUCCAAGAAACAUCUUCAAGUGCGGUGAGUGAAAAUCUUAAAGUUCCAAUUUCUCCUCAGAUAUCAGGGUGUGGUACCUCGACGUCAGCAACGAAUAGCUCUACCAAGAGACAACGGUCACCAAGCGAGAGAGUCAAAUCCUCUAAAAGUAUCGCAGUAAGGAUGCAAAAUAAAACCACUAGAAUGCUUCUAAUUACUACCAUUGUGUUCUUCGUAACUUGGAUCCCAUACAUGUGUUUAGCUUCUAUCAGCAUUUAUCACAUGGUUGCCCAAGUUGAACCUAACAAAACUUUAAUGAGUUUUUUCUCCACGGCAUCUCAUCUUCUAUUAAUUAAUAACGCAGGAAACCCAUUUAUUUAUGUACUCGCAAAUAGACAGUUCCGAAAUGACUGUCAGCGGGAGGUACGUCGAUUAGCGCGCAUAAUUCAACCUUGCUGUAGAUGUUUCAUGUGUUCUCCAUUAGUCAAUAUGAUCAGACGUUGUGGCAAUACUACUGUCUAAGGUCCAAAUGUCACACCAGGCAAUUUACAGGCAACUAGUUACAGACAAUCUCUAUGGAAAAAAAAACAUAGAAAAAAAAGACUUUGCUAUAGGGUCAAAACGUCAGGCCAUUACAACAUUUGAGCGUUUAUCAUAGGUCAUUCUUUGGUUGGUAAGCAGUUAAAGACAGCUAAUUAUAUUUAUUUAAAAAAAUCACAUUUCAAUGUUCACAUAUUUGUUGCUGUUGAUCGCAAGAGAUUGUUGUUCGAAGAUUGAGUCGUGUGCUACAAAAGUAAUCCUUUAAGCCAGUACACUAUUGGUAAUUGUCAAAGACCAGUCUUCUCACUUGGUGUAUCUCAACAUAUGCAUAAAAUAACAAAC